AGAAACAAUAUGAACUCAGUCCUGUUCGGCAUCUUUUUUGCAUGCUGCACGGCAUUUGCUGCUCCAUCGACAAGGAAGGCGGAAGAUGCUAUCGCGAUUGACGUAGUCCUAGACGAAGAAUCCAAAAGGGUUGGAGAAGAGGCCCAACUGGUAGGCAAGAUAUUGUGCAAGGUUGCGCAGGGCUGGAAGGAAACUGCUCAUAAAGCGGACGUUCCUGCGGACGAGGCGGCGGAGUAUUUCUUCAAGAAGAUUUUUCGAGGUGCUAGGAAAGUGUUCAGACAAGUCGGCAAAGCAGGUCUGGAGAUUGGAAAGCGAUUCGUGGGUCAGAAGGCAGGCGAAAUAAUCAGGCAGAAGAUCCGAGAGCGCACUGGAAGGUACGCCCUUGGAGACGACGAGUCUUACAGCGGCCUGGUGCUCGCACUCUCCGAAGACAUCGACGAACUUGGCAAGGACCUCAUCGCCAAGGGUGUUCAGCUGAACGGGGGCGUCGUUGUGCAGGAGACGAUGUGGGAUCCCGACACCAAAAAGUUCCUCGAGGACUGCGUCGCAAUUUUUUAGAUAUUUAUUUGAAAUUAACACACAAAUAAAAUAUUAGUGUAUUAUAAAA